GUCUUAAUGCAGAGUUAUCUUAUGUGAGGAAUGAUGUGGUUAAUCACUAUGCAUUGUCCUUCAAUCUCUUGAUACCCAGUGAGACCAACAAUCUUCACUUCAGCUGGCAUGCUAAAUCCAAGGUUGAGUAUAAACUGGGAUUUCAGGUGGACAAUCCCAUGGCUAUGGCUAUGCCCCAGGCCAACAUUUCUCUACAAGGAGAAGUUCCUCGCACCCUUUCAGUGUUUCGUGUGGAACUCUCCUGCACUGGCAGACUCGACUCUGAGGUCACAAUACUAAUGCAGCUCAACUUGACAAUAAAUUCAUCAAAAAACAUCACAAUUCUAAAUUUCAAACGAAGGAAAAUGUGCUACAAAAAGCUUGAACCAGAAGUAAAAUCUCCAGCAUCUGAUAAAAACAGCAGCAAGGCUAUCUUUGAUCCUGUGAACACAGCUCCCACCACUUCCACCCGCGUGUUCUACAUCAGUGUAGGUGUCUGCUGUGCUGUUAUAUUCUUGGUGGCAAUAAUCUUAGCUGUCUUGCACCUCCACAGCAUGAAAAGGAUAGAGCUGGAUGACAGCAUUAGUGACAGCAGUAGCUCACAAGGUUUAUCCCAGCCUUCCACACAGACAACCCAGUACUUGAGAGCUGACACACCAAACAAUGCAACACCAGUAACCAGUUACCCUACGUUACGGAUAGAGAAGAAUGAUCUUAAAAGUGUCACUCUGAUGGAAGCAAAAGCUAAAGUGAAGGACAUAGCCAUCUCCAGGGAGAGGAUAACUCUAAAAGAUGUGCUCCAAGAAGGCACAUUUGGGCGCAUCUUCCAUGGGAUCCUAAUAGAGGAGAAAGACCCCAGUAAAGAAAAACAAGUCUUUGUCAAAACUGUUAAAG